AAAAUUUAUCUGGUGUUGUUGAUGUGUUGUCGUCGGCAUCACUCAGUAACUGUUUCAUGUUGUGACUUUAGAACGAUCAGGAUGGCUUUAAUACAAGCCCUCCUCUGUUAGAUGUUGUGUGCAUGAUGCCACUAGUGGAUCCUCGUAGGGCCUCAAGCCACACACAACCUGAAGCAUCAUCACGGUCGAGUUUGUCCCACCGUCUCUCAAAAAUUACACAGAGUGAGACAUCUAGGACAAAAGCUGUGGAUGGCAACAAAAGUCACCUUAAGAAGCCAGAGAAGCAACUUUCCACAAAGGAUCACCAACAGCUACUGCAGCAGCAACAGUCACAGAAACAGCUGCAGGCAAAGGUGAGUCAGACAGAGACAUCACGCUCAGCCAAGGAAGGAGGAAAGGACAGCCAUAGUCACAGAGGUUGUGGCUCAAGAAGUGGUGGGAAUAGUGUAGGGGGCUUUGCCCAUCCUAGCACAGGUAAUAAAGCACCCCAGCAAAAGACAGGUAGUGGUAAAGGUGGUAAAGGGUCAGAGACCUGGGAUCUACGAAGAUUAGAGGAGGAGAGUGAAGUAGCUUUGGAGCGUCGCCGUCAGCAGCUGACACAAGAACUGAUGAGAGAAAUGGCUGGCGAUUCUCAUCAUCAUAUAUCAUCUGUUGAUAAGAAGAUGCAUGGCCAACAUGGACACAGGAGAAAUCCAUCAUCAUCAAGCAGCAGCUCAUCCUCUUCAACUUCGUCAUCAACUUCCUCCUCGUCAACUUCUUCUUCAUCUGACUCGUCGCCUCAUCGUUCAGGAUAUAAACGGGACAGCAAAAGAAAAUCACGUCCUAGUAAAAGAGUUCCCUCAAGCAAUGACCGCUCGAAACUUAAGAAAACCAAGUCAUCAUCCUCUUCGAGAAAGCAUAGUAGUAGUAAGAAUGGCAAGAAGAGUCACCCAAGCAAGAAGGACCAUGAGAAGAUUCGCAUUCAUAAAAGUAGCCGUUCCCCAACUCGAAGGAAAAGUUCCAUGUCUAAGAAACUCCUCUCCCCAGGACACAAGCGCACUCCAUCCCCGUCUUCACGCAAAGUUCACAAGCUUUCUCCUGGCAGGUCAAAGAGGAGUAAGAGCAGGAAAAGAUCUGGUUCCCCAAGAGAUCGUUUAGACUACAGAAGUGAUCGUAUGGGACUGCCAGAACGGGCUCUUAGUCAUGGACGUGAUGCAAGCAUUGUAUCACAUGCUGGUUCUUCAUCACGUAAUCGAGAUCCAAGAGUGGAUGAACGUGUUCGUCGAAUAUCACCUGAACAAAUGGGACGAGAACGUUUCAGGUAUGAGAAGGAUCGCUUAGAGGAAUUCGUAGAGCCACGACGAGAGCGCCGCUCACCUGCACCAACAAGGUCUCGUGAGGUGGAGAGAAAGGAGACCCACAGACACAGAGAUUAUGAAAGGCACGAACGUGAACAUUAUGAUGAGAGACGACGAGAAGACCCAAGAAGAGAAGAGAGAGAGAGGGAGCAACUUAGGGAGAGGGAGUUGCGAGAAAGGGAAUUAUUACGAGAUAGAGAGUUGCUGAAGGAGAGAGAACGGGUUGAGAUCCUGGAGCGAGAACAAGAGAGGGAGAGAGAAAGGAUCAGAGAAGUUGAUGACCGUAGGAGUCGUUAUGGUCGAGAGCACGAUUUUGGCAGAGAGAGGGAAGUGGUUGUUCGUGGAAGUGGCCGAGAAUUUGAGGGAGAAAGAGACUUCUAUGCCCCCAGAGUUCGUCCUGAGUUAGAUGCUAGAGUCCUUCCUGUUGAUGAACGACGGCCAUAUGAAGAUCCAGCUUAUGAUAGAUUUCAAAGUGAACGAGAACGUGCUCGUUAUGAGAGUGGACGCAGUCGUUAUGAAGAAUUACCUCUUCAUGAACGACACGGAAUACCACCAAUUGAUGACCGUCGUGCUGACCGCAGAGCUCCACUCAUUGAUGCACGCUUUCCAGACGAACGCAGGCGGAGUGGCAGCAGCAUAGACCCUCGAGUUCAUGAUGCUUGGGUGGAAGAGCACCGGGGAUUGGAACGCAUGGAUCGCAGUGAUCACUUUCCCCCUCAUGUUCCACCUCCCCGUCACCGUCACCAGCCAGAGUGGGCCGGUGGUCGUCCUCCAGUAGCUUGGGAUCGUCAUAAACAUUCAAGGCAUGAGGAAUGGGCAGAAGAAUACGGAAGAGGUGGUGCUGGAAGCAGUGGUCGAGUGGCUGAGUGGGGAGAAGAAGCUCAUGAUUGGGUAGGGGACAGGGCUGGACCUGCCUCCCUACACCAGGACCAGUGGAGCCAACACCCAAGAAGGAGCUAUAGAGAUGAUUGGGGAAGUAGAGAGGGUGAAUGGAUUGACUGUGGACCACCAGCAUACUCAGGGAGCCGUGAUCUUGGACACCCUGCUCCUCAGCCGUUGUCUAUCGGGCGGGGAGACCGUAGCCAACAACCACCCAUAGUGCGUAGACCUCGUCGGGAGCCUGUAGAACAGGGGAUAGAACCUCCCCCGUCUUCUGGUGGUCGUCAUCACCCUGCUGUUUCUUCAUCUGUCGACCCAACUUUGUCAAGAGAGUUCAGACCUCCCAGUAGUGAGGAGGAGGGUGUUGAGAGUGCCUUGGUGCCUCCCAGAGGUGGGGAUGUUGCAAGUCCUCCACCUUCGGAUCAGGACCAGGCACUCAUGCCUGGUAAUGACGGCGAAUUAUGGGAAUACGACCCAGGUCGAGGAUCUUGGGUGCGUAGGGCUGCUGAUGCUCCCCCUCAAGCUGACAGAGAUUCACCAGCCAAGAAAGAGAAACCUGCAACAGAAGUACCACCAGAAGUGUCUAUACCACCAGAGAGUGAGACUGGUACUGUAGAAGAAAAAAAGAGAGGGCCUUCUGAGGACAAGGUUGAAGAAGAAUCAGAUCCUAAGAGACGGCGAACAGAGUCACCUGCACCAGCAGCUGCUGAAGCUGAUACAGCACUACAGGAAAAGGACACCUUUAGUGAUAUUAGUGAUGAUGUAGAUGACAUUCUUAAUCAGGAGGUUGGAGGGUUCAAUGAUGAAGACAGCCGAAACUUGAACACCACUCAGAUUGAGGAUCCAAGGAAUCUUAGUCGUGAAACUGGCCCUUCAUAUGAUGAUCUACUGGAAGAUGAAGAAGAGACCCAUCUUGAAGAAAUUAGUGAUGAUGAAUUAGAAGAGGAUCGUCAGGCCAAAUUCAAUGUUGCUGGAGCACUUGACAUAAACUGGGCCCUGUUGGCUCGAGACUCCUCCCGAGUAGCAACUAAUGAAGUGGCAGCUGGGACUGCGCUCAAACGUUUCAGUGCUCCCCACUUGCUGGCUCGUCUUGGAGUUUCCACCAGGUUUGCUCGACCAGAAGUGGUGCAGCAAAUUAGAGAACUUUGCUCUGUAGAUGCUACCCAAGAUGAUACAGAAGUCAAGAAGAUGGAAAUACCUUCAGUAGUUGAAUCAGGUGGUGUGCUGCGCUUACUAAAGGCCCGGGCUGAACACUGUCAAAGGAUUCUAGAUGGCAUUGGACCAAAUAGAAGGGCCUUGUGUGCCCGUCAAGAUAUAGCUCUUAGACGCCAACUGUGUAAUCUUCCAAAACAAGAUCUCAUCGGAGACAGUCCUCUUCUGGACAAAGAUUUGUUCAAACAAUCCAUUUCUCUUCUGAAAUCGUGUUGAGAUUGGGACAUCAUUCAGUGUUUGGUAUAUAACUUGAAUUUUUAUUAAACAUUACAUAUGCUUUACAUACAUAAGUUUUCACCUAAAUGAGUGAACCCAUUAGUUUAGAGGGAAAACUUGCAUGGAUAUGAAAAUAUCGUUAGUUUUAAUAAAAUCAUAUAAAAAAAUCA